AUGGAUCCCUCCGCUCGAUCACACUACCUUGCGGACAAUCCUCCGACCGUCGUCCGUCUCGAAAUUGCACCACAUUUCAAUGCCCUGACUGCCAGGGAGAAAAGAUAUGCUCAUCAUUUGAGCCGUGCUUCGUUCCUUGGCACCCGUGUGACUUUGGCCCAAGUCUCCCCGGAAUCCCCUGUCAUCUACGAUCUCAUUCUGGCCCUACAUGCCGCAGCCAAUGGAGACUACAAGACGCUGUCGGAUAAGGCAUCUGUCUCUGCUGAAGACAUUACUCUGUGGCUCGAAUAUGCUGCCCAAUUUUUGGGCAACGCAGGAAAUUAUAAGGGCUUCGGUGACUCAAAAUUCAUCCCAAGAAUAUCUCCAGAUGCUCUGAAGAACCUGGCUGCAGUCGACAAGAACACUUCCAGCCUUUUUGAAAAAGCACAAAAAACUGGUGGCGGUAUUUAUGAAACAAAUGAUACUCCUUUGAUGCACCUAGGCUACCCCGAAGCCGGACACAUGACGGCCUAUUAUCCAGACUCCCCCACGAUCACAAAGGAAGAAAUCUCAAUUGUCGGAGAUGUGCUGGAAGAGAAGAAACUCCUGAUCGAAAAUACAAGACUGCGGAAAUUGCCGUCGGGAGACUUUGAUCUACUCAUUGCCUCAGGCGUCACAAACCCGCCAGCUUCGGAGAGGGAUCUCGGAGAUGUUUCCUCUCUCGAUCUUACCGGCAAGCUGGCCGGUAAGAAGCUCAACCUAGUAUUCGGUGACUACCAAGAGGAGAUGGCCAAGAUUGCUAUCGAGUUUAAGAAGGCGAAGAAAGAAGCUGCGAACGAGGUUGAAGAGAAGAUGCUCGAAGAAUACACCCGAACGUUCGGUACGGGGAGCAUACAGGGCUUCGUCGAAUCUCAACGGUGGUGGAUCAAGAACAAGAAACCCACUGUUGAGACCGACAUCGGAUUUGUGGAAACUUACCGUGAUCCCCAGGGAGUCCGUGGUGAGUGGGAAGGUUUCGUUGCCAUGGUCAACCAAGAACGCACACGAGCUUUUGGAAAACUUGUCGAUGCUGCUCCAAGUAUGAUUCCGAAGCUACCGUGGGACAAGGCUUUUGAGAAGGACAAGUUCUUGAGCCCGGACUUUACCAGUCUGGAAGUCCUCACUUUUGCGGGUAGCGGUAUCCCAGCGGGAAUAAACAUCCCGAAUUAUGACUUUAUCAGACAAAAUGAAGGUUUCAAGAAUGUCAGCUUGGGAAAUGUUCUCAGUGCGAAAGCUCCUAACGAGCCCAUUCCAUUCAUCCGCAAGGAAGAUGACCAUCUGUAUCGCAAAUAUCGAGAUCCGGCGUUCGAGGUCCAGGUCGGUAUCCACGAACUUUUGGGUCACGGCUGCGGCAAACUAUUACAAGAAACCGCUCCUGGCGAAUACAAUUUCGACGUCAAGAAUCCCCCUAUCAGCCCUGUUACCAAGAAGCCGAUCGAAUCGUGGUAUAAGCCAGGCCAGACGUGGUCCAGCGUUUUCGGCUCGAUCGCUUCGUCUUACGAAGAGUGUCGAGCGGAGUGUGUGGCAAUGGCCCUCGCUUGUGACUUUGAGAUCCUCCAGAUCUUUGGAUUCGGCAAUGGCAAGGAAGACAUCAGCAACGAAGCCGGCGACGUGCUAUAUGUCUCGUACCUCCAAAUGGCCAGGGCAGGCGUAGCAGCACUCGAAUAUUGGGACCCCAAAUCACGAAAAUGGGGCCAGGCGCACAUGCAAGCGCGGUACUCGAUUCUGCGGGUCUUCCUCGACGCAGGCAGUGAUUUCUGCCAGAUCAAGUCCCCCAACGACGACGCCAAGAACCCGGACGAUUUGGAGAUCCACCUUGACCGCAGCAAGAUCCUGUCGCACGGACGACCGGCAGUGGAAGCGUACCUCCAGAAACUGCACAUCUACAAAUCGACAGCUGAUUUUGCGGCCGGCAAGAAACUGUACGAAGAUAUCACCAGCGUAGACGAAUGGUGGGCAGAGAAGGCCCGGCCACUCGUCUUGAAGCGCAAGACUCCGAGGAAAGUGUUUGUGCAGGCCAACACCGUGCUGGACGAAGCGACCGGAGACGUCAAGCUGGUCGAGUAUCAGCCUACCAUCGAGGGCAUGGUACAAAGCUACUACGAGCGACAUAUCUAA